AUGAAUGCAGAACUUUGUGAACAGGAUAUGAAUUAUGAGUUUUGGAUGUCAAAAAGCAAGACUACACAAAACUUAACUAUUCAAACUAUUCAAGAUAAUAAUUCUCUCGCUAUAUCUAAUAUAAAACCUACUUCCAACGUAAAAUCUAUUUUUCACGUAGAACUGACUAAUCAAACACUUCAGAGUGACACAAAUGAAGAAAUAGCUGAAUCAAGUAGCCAACUUCAAGAUUCUGCAAAUGAAGAUAUAAACGCUUCUAAUGAAAUUGUAAAUCUUUGUGUUGGUUAUGUCUUUGAAUCAUGGGAAGAUAUCGAUAUGAUUAUAAAAACCUACGGCAAACGAGAAGGAUUUGGCGUUGUUCAAAAAAGAUUAAAGCUACAUCCAGAGGAUCAUAUAAAGCAUCAGCAAAUUGUUCUUUGGUUAGAGUAUUAUGAUGUCAUUUUAAAUGACAACACCGCCAAAACCAACCAUUAUCAAAUGUCACUUUCACUUUUUUUCAUUGUGAACAACAAUACUAGAUCACGUCUUGUCGCACAAGCUCUCAUGUCGGACGAAACAACAGAGUCCUAUAAAUGGAUCCUGGAAUGCACAAAAAAAAUAACAAUGAUUGAGCUAUUAGUAUUCAUUACGAAUGCGGAUUCUGCAGCAGAUGCCGCUGUCAGACAAACAUAUCAAAACACCUAUUCAGUUUACUGUAUUUUUCAUAUCAGCGAAAACCUACCAAAAAACCUCAAAUCUAAGCUUCAUAGCCAAUAUGAAAGCUUUGUUCAUGACUUUUUCCUAUGCCGCAACAGCCUGUGUAAAGAAAAUUUCUAUGAACGAUGGUCACAACUUACUGAAAAGUACUCAAACGUUAAAGAUUACCUGAUGAGAGCGCUUUACCCCAACCUCAACAGCAUUGUCAAACACCUAUUAACAACAAGUAGCAGUUUGUGUGAUCUUGUUGAUGUACUCGAUGCAAGACUCCAAGAUGAGACACAGUGGAAUCAGUUUUUUGAAUACCAGACUAUGUUGUCUUGUAUGGGAAUUGUGUCAGUGGAUCACGAUCUUUUUCCUGAAAUUGACAAAAAAAUGUCCAAAUAUCUCAUUCCCCACAUAUUGUCUGCAGAAUGUCUGGAAAUGUCACAAUGCCUAUAUUUCGUUACAAGUCAAAUAGAUAUUGUGAAUAAUAAUGACGAGGAUUUCAACCUUAUCGUGAUGGAUGAAUUCAUUGAGGAUUUAUAUGAUACCAAACAAAUUCUAUUGAAAUCAAUAAUUGCUGAAGUUGGCGAAGAAAAUGUUCGAGAAGUAAUGAUGUAUUCAAAAGUCGCAGGAUUUCAUAUUCAAAUGAUACCUGUUCGGUGGUAUAAUGAUGAACAAAAAGACAAGGAUAUAAUUAUGAGUGCCUGCUGUUUUGCGAAUCAAGAAUCAGCGAAGAAUCAACUGAACGAAAUACUAAUGCCAAAUCCCUCGACUAUAUCCAAGUCCAUGACUGAGAUGAUGGCAUGGUUAAAAGAGUUCAUUGGCUGGCACAAAAAAACAGUGGCUACACUUACCGGGUCAGUGCGAAAUUGGAAUCUCCAAGAACCUUUCAAAAUCCAAGCUAAUGAUGAAAACAAGGAAAAUGAACCUGGAUCAAUUGAAAAUUCAUUAGUGUCAAGAUGA